CCCACACUUUUUAAAAAAAGAAAAUUAGAAUACAAGUGAUUUCGUAGAGAUAUGGCUAUUGCACAAACAAUCUAGAACUCUUGACGAAACAGAAUAAAAACACUGUAAACUUGUGAAGGUGUGGCAAGUUCAUAACUUGUGUUCUUACUUAUGCUGAAAAUCAUGGAAAGCGGUUUCAAAAAAAAAAAAAAGAAAGUCCAGCUUUUUUCCUGUAUACAGCACACCGUCCAACAUUUACACUCACGAGGCCGUCUUUGUUUUUGCUGUAAAGACUAAAUUCGAUUGAAUCCUUUGUCGUUUGUGAAGAUGAGCCCGGUUUCUACUUCCAACAUGAAGCAUUCCAAGUUGACCACCACGUCUGCCGUCAAACAUACAAAGUCACCGCUCUCGAUCUCCCACUUACCACCUACUUCCGAUAAUGACCCUCACACGCCAAAUAAAUACAACCUAUUGAAACGAGAAAUAAAACAACUAGCGGAGCGAAACGGUAGUAUGACUCGGAGCCUGGAAAGCGCUAGGAAGAGAAUAAAGACAUUGCGAAAGGAACGAAGUUCAUUACUAGACAAAAUAGCACGAGCGGAAUCUAUGAUAGCUGCCUCAGACAGUGAUGAUAGUAGCGAUCUUGCAGAUGACCUUGGCUAUGACGAUGAGAGUGAUGGUGAUAGUAGCUUAGACUACGCACGAUAUGGGUCUCAAUCAGAAGAAGAAGAAGAAGAUAUCGAUGCUGAAACUACUGACGGAUUUUUGAUACCUGGGUUGAGCAGUAAUCGUGUUGCGUAUAUGACGCCUCAACGCAUUAAACCACUUCCAGGAUUACGCGAGUCAACGCCUACGCCGUCUUCAUCAUCGCGCAAGACGAGAAGAGUCAUGUAUGUUGAAAAGGACGAGGAAGGAAAUUACCGCCUUCCUGUCCAGAUUGGUGCUUUGACUCUCUUGUCACUUGGUCAAGUGGUGUGGGACAGAGAAGGCUUCCAUAAUGAUCGCUAUAUAUGGCCAAUAGGAUACAGUGUACAAAGAUCAUAUAUGAGCAUGAUAAACCCUGAAUCCAAUACGAUAUACACAUGUACUAUUGAAGAUGGUGGAGAUGCUCCACAGUUUCGCAUCACACCAGAAGAUGCAAAGGAAGAAGAACUCGUGUCGGGUACUGCUACAGGCGUCUGGACUACGGUGGUUAAACGAGCAAAUCAAAUCCGUCAUCGUGAUGUGUCUAACUCCGUGUCCGGACCAGAAUACUUUGGUUUCGCGCAUCCAACCAUAGCCAAAAUGAUCCAGGAUCUACCUGGAGCGGAACGGUGUGGAAGAUACAAAUGGCAGGACCUUGUAGUCGUUAUGCCAUCCGGUCAAAAUGGCUCCCGGUCUCGUAAAGGAGGCAACACUUCAGAAUCCAAACAGCCGUCGGGAGAAGACCGAGCCAAUUCAGCAACAGCGGAAGCUGCUGCAAGCCCCAGUGUGUCUGGCUUGAAAUCUCCAACUCCUUCGAGCCCUGCAGCCUCUCUAGCGACCGACGAAGUGGAGUAAACAAACAGGCACUCCGAAACAAAGCGCGAAAAAACAUAAUAAAUAAUUUCUCCUUUAUGCGAUACAGUUUUUUGCUGUUUGCAGACGUUAAUAUCAUGUCAAACAUUCUUAACAUGCGAGAUAUCUAACCGUCUAAGAUGAUGGUAUGCUCUUUUACUCGUGUUUUAGAUGCAGAUGUACAUUUUUUUUUUUCAUAUUAAAUAUAUUUUCUGACCCCUACACGUCAUAUAUCCCAAGUGAUUUUCAGAAUCUCGCGUUUGACAGUGUUUUUGCCUGAUGUUUCAAAGACGCUCUGGUAUUUGAGUUUAUGGUUUUCCUUGUCCUUAGUAGCAUCCACACAGGCACAGAACGGUAAGAUACCUCCUCCUACACCGAAAUACACGGUCUUACCAGCCACGUACCUAGCAUGAUGCAAUGUUUAGAUCAUGAAUAUAGAGUUGGUAAAGAACAUUUAAGAAAGAUUAAGC